GGAGGAACCGGCGGGAUCGAGGCAAACAGAAUCUCAUAAACGUGAUAACAUUGUGAUUAUUUCAACGUACUGAAGGAAAAACAGUGUUUAUGGAGUAUAUUAAUGCCAAGUUCGUGUCCCAGAAAAUCAGUAAGACGAGAUGGAGACCUGUCUCUUCUACAUCCUUGCAACAGCCUGAAGUUUUUGCUACUGGAUCUUGGGAUAAUGAGGACAACAAGGUUUCCAUCUGGUCUGUCGCAGAGCAAGGGAUGCAAGAAGAGUAUGAAGGAGAUCCUCAAUUGCUGUGUGAAUACAAACACGAUGGUGAUGUCAUGGAUCUUCAAUUUCUGGACCAGGAGAGAAUUGUUACAGCUUCAUCCACAGGGAGUGUGACCAUAUUUCGUCACUAUCAGAACAGCCAGACCCUGUCUGUAAACCAGCGGUGGGAGCGAGCACACUACCAUUCUUGUGACAAUGCCCCCUGCACUGGGGUUGUCUGCAACAGCCCAGAAAUCGUCACAGUGGGGGAGGAUGGGCGGAUCAACCUGCUGAGAGUGGAUCACAAAGGCAUCGUGCGCACUAUAGACAAUGCUGACAGCAGCACAAUCCAUGCUGUAACUUUUUUGAGGACAACAGAGAUCCUGACUGUCAAUUCUAUUGGGCAGCUGAAAAUGUGGGAUUUCCGACAGCAGGGAAACGAACCAUCACAGAUUUUAUCCCUGACUGGAGACCGAGUGCCCCUGCACUGCGUGGACAGGCACCCAAAUCAACAGCACAUUGUAGCAACAGGAGGUCAGGAUGGCAUGCUGUGCAUCUGGGAUGUAAGGCAGGGAAAUAUGCCUUACUCUCUCAUGGAAGCACAUUCAGCAGAAAUGUGGGAGGUCCAUUUCCAUCCUUCUAGCCCAGACCACCUGUUCACAUGCUCUGAAGAUGGCUCUCUCUGGCACUGGGAGAACUAUACUACUACUGACACCCCAUCUUUCCUACAAGGUGGAAGAAAUGCUACCAUCACGUCACGCAGCACAAUUGUCCCAGCAAGCAUUAAUCAGUCCUUGAUAAGUUCAUGGUUAACCUCAGAUUCUACUAAAGGACGCCUGGAGACAACCAACAUGCUUCCUAGCCAGACCAUGUCUGUGAACAGUUUGGAUGUGCUGGGCCAGUGCCUGGUCUGUGGAACAGAUGGGGAGGCUAUUUAUGUCACUAAACAGGUGCCAAUGUAAAGAAGGACCAACACAAACAAUUUCUGUGUGAUUUUACUUCUCUAGUCUUGAGUUAUGUACAGACUGAUGACUAUGUUUAAGUGGCCAAAAUUACAAUAAAAAUGUACUG